AUGGAAUCGAGCAAGAAGGGACUGAAGAGUAUAUUUACCACCAUUCCUACUGUUAUCAAUGUGCUUCCUUACUUUGGCUAUGCAGAUAGUAUGCAUUGAUUAAUGAUGGAGUUUAACAGUAAGUCAAGAAAGUUUUGGACAGAAGAUAUUUGCAAAUGGAGCAGAGUGUUUUCAGAGUUUAAAAAAUCAAUCGGUCCAAUUUUCCCUGAACAAUUUGAGAAGAUUCAAGGGUUUUGGCCAGAGAUGCUCUUCAAAUAUUGAUUCAGGAUAAAUUAUGCAUGCCAGGACGUGGAAAACUUGAUCAUGCAAAUUAAGGAAAGCAGCCCAAUUGAGAUCGAAAUGAUAAAAAUUGAGCAAGAUGUAUUUAGCCUACCACAUUUUGAUGUUAAAGAGAACAGCAUUGGCAGAGAAAUAAAGUAUUAUACAUUUUAUGAAGGAGAGAAAGAUUUGUUUAUAAAGAAACUUAAACUUCUAUGUGAAGCUAUAAAUAUCAGCCAAGAGAAGUUAGGAAUGAACAAACUUGUAAUCCAGUGUCAAGAGCUUGCUUAUAAUAGAGAGUUAAAGAUCUACAACCUCCCAGAGCCAUUUGUGAUUACAGAAAUAUCAUACCAAAUAGGAGAAGUUUAUAUAUUUGAUUCUAGGAUCAAGAUUCCGAUAGAUGAGUUCAUGCCAGCAUUAAACAGAGUGCAGUUUGAAUUCUUUCAAAAAUGGAUAUAUUAUGUCAGUAGUUUGGAAGAACUAGAAGACUUCUUUGGUGAAGAUCUUACUCGUCCCUUAAAUAGGUUUCUCUUGACAUCCACUCUUUACUUCUGGUGAUGGGAUAGACUUCAAUUAUCAAGCGGCAUCAAAAAGCGAAUGAUUGAAGCAUUAAAACUUGGAUAUACCAACCUGCAAGAUAUAUACUUUAAGAUAGAAUGCGAUAUAAGAUUAGCUGAAUGGGGUUAUUGGAUUAACCAAAUUGUUAAAAUAUUCCCAAACUGAUAUUUCGAUUACGAAGGAGAAACAUAUAUUCAACAUCUUAAUUACACCCUCAGCUGCUCGAGAGCAACUUUUGUCUUAGUCCAGGGCACGAAGAAAGUUAUUUUCCACUUUGAAAAUUGAACUAUACGUGCAGGCGAACAUUGGAACUUCGAAUCGAAAGAUACCAUAUCAUUUUUAGAAAAUUUCCAUGCUCAUGGAAAAAUCAUUUCAGUUGAAAUUGAUGAAGAACUAUCAGAAGAAGACAACAAAUAUAUUCUCUGAAGUGGACGUAGUGCAGAGGCCAGAGAUUGCUCUUCUGGAAUACCCAAACUUACAGUAAUGAUUGAUAAUGUGGAGAGUAUUUGCUUAGUAAAUAGAUCUCCACUGAUAUGGUGUAAAGCGCUUAGAUUCUGACUGUUGAACAGCGGUAGAAUGUGAAGAAAACCAAUUGCUUUUGAAGACCACUUUGCUUAUAAGGCAUAUGAUGGAAUUUGUCAAAAUUAUGAAACACAAAUGCUAGAUUCAUUGAGAUUUAAAAUGCAGUUUGUAAACUUAAAUAAGAUAAAUCUAUCAUUUUCCAAUAUGAAAGAGGAGAACAUGAAGAUAAUUGAGCAUAUUAUUGAGGGCAACAAGAAUCUUGUCUCAGCAAGUUUUAUGAUCUGUGAUAUCCUAGGGUUUAAAAGUAAAGACAUACUCGAGAGAUUUUGAAAUAUGAUGAAGAAGCACAAGCAUGUGAUGUGGAUGAACCUGAAAUGAUCCAUAAAAUUAAGAAGAAAUCCUUUGAGAAAAACCAAGAUAAUCCCUAUAGGGAGGACCUUUAGCUAUGUAAUUUCUUAAUUCCAGAACUUAUUAUAAUCUUUAAUAACC